AUGAAAUCUCUGGUAUGGAAAAUUUUUACCAAAAAUAAAGAUGGAUCUUUCGCCAAAUGCAAUAUUUGUAAAAACGAAUACAGGACCAGUGGGAACACUUCAAAUUUGUUGGAUCACUGUAAGCGAAAACACAAAUUACAAUUGGAUAGAUUACGGAAACAAAAUGAUGUUGAAACAACAAGUGAAUCAGAUGCAGACGAUUGUGAUGAUCCGGUUGCUGGUCCAAGUACAACUGUAAAGCGACGAAAGGUCACAAUCAAGAAUUACAUGACGAAGCAAUAUGUUCCUUACGAUAAAAAUAGCGAUCGUAAAAUUAAAUUAGACCAGUUAUUGGUAGAAUAUGUAGCACAUGAUCUUGAACCAUUUCGUAUAGUAGAACGAAAGUACUUUCAACGAUUUAUUCACGAGCUAGAUAAUAAAUAUGAAUUGCCGUCUCGAACGCAAUUGAAGGAUGUUUUACUUCCGAAACUUUACAAUCAAAUGAAAGCUAUCUUGGUCAAAAUUCUGUCUACUGUAAAUCAUAUAUCCAUAACAACGGAUAUGUGGAUGUCUACAGCAAAUGAUGGUAUCUUGACGCUUACGAUUCAUUUUAUAUAUGAUAAUGAUAUCAAAUCAGCGAUGCUAGAAAUUCGGAAAGUAGUAGGACACCACACGGCAGAGCAUAUUGCGAAAUUGGACUAUCGAGGUUUAGCCAACACUACUGAGGAGCUGGCGGCGAUGAUCCGCAUAAAGAAGAGAGCGUAA